AAAUCAUAACACGUCUGAGAAAACUAAAGAAGAGAAGAAGAAGAGGAAGAGAGAUGUACUGGGACACCAUCAUCAAACCUGCAGACAGAACAGAGCCCAAAAUAAAGAUGGAGAUUUGCCAGACUGGAUACUACACAGAGGACUUCAGGACACAGGAAGUGCCCGCCGGCUUUGACUUUACAUCUUAUGACUACCCUGGUGAAGAGCUGUCUUUUCUGUUAGACAGUAAAGGACCCGGGCAGCAGCAGUAUCCAGCAGAGAGCAGCUUCCCAGAGCCCCCCAAAUCUUCUCAUCCUUACGACUCCAAAGUGAGCACCAGUGACACUGCUCUGUUCAACCUGGACUCGUAUCAGGAGUUCAACUGGUGGAGCUCUUAUCCACAUGCAGACGGGCCGACGGUAGAUCAGCCGCAGGCAGGAUACCAGGAGUCUCCGCAGACAUAUCAGAGCCUGGUGCCCCAGAGUGGACAGUUCAGCCCGGCCGUGGAGGGCAGCCACAGCCCCUUUUUAACCACAAAAGCACCAAACACGUUACAAAGUGAGAUGGAUCAGAGUUACUACGACUCUGACGGACAGAGGCAUUCGUCAACCUUCUGGCCUGAAUACUCAUCUCCCAGCUUCGCCAGCCCCCUACCUCAUCUGCCUCUGGCCUCCUGCCCCUCAAGCUCCAGCCCUCAGUCCUCAGAGCCGUACUGUCCCCGUGUGGCCAAACGCAAAAACCCACACCCUCAGAGACCAGACAGGGAGGGCCAGAUGCCAGGGAUGUCGGCCUAUCCAGGUUCUGGUCCAAUCCAGUUGUGGCAGUUUUUACUGGAACUACUUCUGGACUCGGCCUGUCGCACCUUCAUCUCCUGGACGGGAGACGGCUGGGAGUUCAAGAUGUCCGACCCCACUGAGGUGGCCAAGCGCUGGGGCCAGUGCAAGAACAAACCCAAGAUGAACUACGAGAAGCUGAGCCGCGGCCUGCGUUACUACUACCACAAGAACAUCAUCCACAAGACGGCAGGCAAACGCUACGUCUACCGCUUCGUCUGCGACGUGCAGGGCAUGCUGGGAAAGACGGCGCAGGAGGUCCUGAUCAGUCUGAACGUUGUGCCCACAAACACCGAGUCGUGGCAGUGCCCAGGGGUGCCGGCUGCGGUGACGUCUGAGCACAGCAGUGAAACAUGGCCGCCUCAGUAGGAGAUGGAGGACUGGACUGGUGCUGCUGGCUGAGAGUGACCAGCACGUUUCAAUGUUGCAUUUCAGGGAAAAGAAAUAAUCAAAACUCAUAAAAGUCACAAUCCAUCAGUCUUUAAAAACAACGUGUUACUCUCUAUGAAAUAAUAAGUCUCCCAAUACCUGACUCAUAAACAUGAGGCUCCUUCACCUCAGGGCUAAAUAACUGCAGAAUAAAGGCCUUAUCUUCAUUCGAUGUGUUUCUAAGGAGGAACUGAUAUGUAAAUAGUGUUUAUAGAAACCCAUAUGUAGAGUUUUGUGCAUUUAUAUAUUUUUUUAUGCAAAACUCAUGUCUACCUCUGUUGCUGAUCAGAAUAACAUGAAGUGAGAUCAUUUGCAGGCAGCCACUGUGAAGGUUUGAGCCUGUGUGAUGAUCAUUUUGUGUAAAUAAACUGUAUAUAAA